GCAAGCAGAUGGGAGGCGCACCUGAUCAAGUGGGCCGGAGACAACUGGAAUCGAGGGAGGGACUGACUGACUCGAGAGGCGAUGCUUGAGGUGCCGUAGGUGUGGUUAAUGUGUGUUACUUACUUCAUUUGAGUGGAGGAGAGGGGAUAGAGAUAGCAGUACAAAGAAGAAACUGAAAGAGUGGGUUAAAAAAAAACAAAAAACAGUGCAAGAUAAAAAUUACAGAAAGUUUUUAAAAAAGCUAAGAACAAUCUGGAAAAGAGGACAUGGAAUGAAAGUGGAAUAGAAAUAUAAAGAGACAGGCUGCUUUGCAGGUUGGUUUCGUUUGUAAAGCUUGUCAUUUAUUUUGUUUAUUUUUUGUUUGUGGGCAUGUGGGUGCGUGUUUGGGAUAAACAAACACAAAAAGACGGACGAUUGUAAACAGGUUAAUCUGUCACAGCGCUUGUGGUGAACGGAAACAAGUGAAUUGUAAGCUAAAAAAAAGUGAAUGAGGAAAUGUGAAUACUAAAAAAAAAAAAAAGGACAACUUCUUCAACCAGAUUGUAUCCUAAAGCGGAGAUAAAAAUGGAGAUAAAUUGUUUUCUUGUCUUUUUGUUUUCGCAAUUAUGAACCUUUACACGGCAAGGCACCAGGCUAAUACUGCGGAGAAAAUCAAACUGUAUUCAGAAAGUAAGCGCGAGAAUGUUUAAAUCUCCGCUCGCAAACCGCUGCGUGCAAGAAAUGGACUCGGGCUGUACGCUGCAAUCAUACCAACACAAAACAUGCCUAUUGAUAUCAUACACUUGUAUUCAUUUUUAAACAAAUCGAUAGAUUAAUUUAAUAUUUGGAUUGUAACUUUUUAUAUAAAGACAGACUACGGACAACAGGAAGACUUAAAAUCUCCUCAACCAAGGGGACAGUUUAAAAGAAAAAAAUUCAGAAUUCAGGUGUGUCGACAGCUAUUUGAAUCAGGUGCGGUUUCCCACUGGAACGGAAUGUUUUUCUCUUGAAAAAUGAGGUUAUAAGAGAGACUAAAGUCCAAAAGACUAAGGCGACGGGAGCUGCUUUAAAUUAACUUUUUAUUGUUUAAAAAAAAUCUGUAAUUUUAAUAUCAGAUUAUAUUAUUAUUUAUUGAAAAGGUGGACAUGGCCCCUCAGAUGUUGAAGAUGCUGCUUUUUCAAAUCCUGCCGUGGGUUGCCCUGCUGUUCCUGGUCGACCUACCGCAGUUUGCCUCUGGGGCCUCUAAGGAGAUCAUAUGCCAGGAAAUCACGGUGCCCAUGUGCAAAGGCAUCGGAUACAACCUGACCUACAUGCCCAACCAGUUUAACCACGACACUCAGGACGAGGCUGGCCUCGAGGUGCACCAGUUCUGGCCCCUGGUUGAAAUCCAGUGCUCCCCUGACCUGCGCUUCUUCUUGUGCAGCAUGUACACCCCCAUCUGCCUGGUGGAUUACAAGAAGCCCCUGCCCCCCUGCAGGUCUGUGUGCGAGCGCGCCAAAACCGGCUGCUCCCCUCUCAUGAGGCAGUACGGCUUCGGCUGGCCAGAGAGGAUGAACUGUGAGAAGCUGCCGGUGUUGGGGGACCCAGAUAACCUCUGCAUGGACUACAACCGGACCGAGACCACCACCACCUCGCCGCUGUUUCAGAAGCCCACCCGUCCCCCAAAGGGACCCCUGAAAGGACCUGGGCAGAAGGCUGCGGAUUGCAGGCGGCAGUGCCGCUGCAGGGAGCCCCUGGUUCAGAUCCACCGGGAGGCCCACCCCCUCUACAACAAGAUCAAGACUGGCGAGGUGCUCAACUGUGCUGUCCCCUGCUACGAGCCCUACUUCUCUCAGGACGAGCGCACGUUUGCCACCUUCUGGAUCGGCCUGUGGUCCAUUCUGUGCUUCAUCUCCACCUUCACCACCGUGGCCACCUUCUUGAUCGACAUGGAGCGGUUCAAGUACCCGGAGCGGCCCAUCAUCUUCCUGUCCACCUGCUACCUCUUCGUGUCCAUCGGAUACAUCAUCAGACUGAUCGCCGGGCACGCCAGCGUCGCCUGCAACAAAGACUACCAGCACGUCCACUAUGACACCACCGGCCCCGCGCUCUGCACCGUCGUCUUUCUGCUGGUCUACUUCUUCGGCAUGGCUAGCUCCAUCUGGUGGGUCAUCCUGUCCUUCACCUGGUUCCUGGCAGCUGGCAUGAAGUGGGGGAAUGAGGCCAUCGCCAGCUACUCCCAGUAUUUCCACAUGGCGGCCUGGCUCGUCCCCAGCGUCAAGUCCAUCGCCGUCCUGGCUCUGAGCUCCGUGGACGGGGACCCUGUGGCUGGGAUCUGCUACGUGGGCAACCAGAACCUGGACAACCUGCGUGGGUUUGUGCUUGCCCCACUGGUGGUGUACCUCUUCACUGGGACCAUGUUCCUGCUGGCAGGCUUUGUGUCUCUGUUCAGGAUCAGGAGCGUGAUCAAGCAAGGGGGAACCAAGACGGACAAGCUGGAGAAGCUGAUGAUCCGCAUCGGCAUCUUCACCGUGCUCUACACUGUCCCGGCCACCAUCGUGGUGGCCUGUUACACCUACGAGCAGCACUACAGGGAGAGCUGGGGCAAGGCUCUCAACUGCGCCUGCCCAGGGAGUGAAGCCCAGUCUGGGCCUGACUAUGCAGUCUUCAUGCUCAAGUACUUCAUGUGUCUGGUGGUGGGCAUCACCUCCGGGGUGUGGAUUUGGUCCGGCAAGACCGUGGACUCGUGGAGGAGGUUCAGCAGCAGGUGCUGCCGAGGCAGGAAGCCCACCAGCGCCUCCAUGUACAGUGAGGCCAGCACGGCUCUGACUGCCAGGACCGGGGUGGCUAGCUCAGGCUCCUACCACAAGCAGGUGCCACUUUCUCAUGUUUAAAACACAGCAGCCGGGAGCCUGCACUCAACUUUGUUGUGUGUGUGUAAAGAAAAGACUUAUUUUUAUUUCAAAUUUUUAAAAAGGAUAAAAAAAAAUAAUAAUUCGAUCUAUUCCUCAAGCAUUUGAUUGAAAUAUUUUCAACAUACGACAUCAAAUUUAGCACCUCAUGAAGUAUUUUAAAUUAAGCAUAAUUAAUGUGUCUGGGGUAUUUUUCUAUACAAAAUAAUAAUUCAGUCAUCUUCCCCCAAAAACAAGGAGUUCAUAACAUAAUGUGUUUUUUUUCCCUACAUGGGGAAGAAACACUACAUACCCUAGAGAGACUGAGACCACAGUUGUGUACUGCACUGUUAUUCCCAUUGUGUGUCUCAGGGGUAGGGUGCCUACAUGGGAACGCCAUACUGUAUGGUGUGAUGACGUCCACAUCAGUGGGUGUCCUGUCCACUAACCCUGUCCAGUGCUAAGAGUCCCUGCGUCUGGAGAUGCCUUGCAUGUUAAUGGUCAUUUUGAGUGGCUGGAAUGAAGAAGCACUGUAAUGAAUCAAAUGCUUUAGAUGCACUUGAUGAUUUAUUUAUUUUAUUUUAUUUCUUAAAAAAUUUUGUGUGUGGGGGGGGGUUACAUGUGAUACUAUAAAAAGAAAUCGGUAGCUGAUUAAUAUAGUGUGUUGCACACCUUUACCAGAAAGAAAGCAACACCUUGUAACUGCCAGGGCACCUGUUUGUUCUGCAGCAUAGGAAAUUGCAUUUAUCAAGUUACAUCAGCAAGUUGCAUUGUUUAUAUGAAAAGUGUCUGUGAAACUAUAACUGGGCUGACCUGGAAACGCAUAGGGGUGCGUGCAUGCGUAUCAGUGUGUGUGUGUGUUAUUUAAACAGCAUUAAAAAUAAUAAUGAUACUCAUUUAAAGAAUAAUUUCACUUGUUGUGUGGAAUGCGAUUUGUUUAAAAGAUGAUCGUGUUGACUUGUACUGCAAAAAGGAAGAACCCGUUCUGAUGUACGCAGCGUGGUUACGUUUUUAGAAGUUCAUUGUUUUAUUCGUUAGCACAGGUGUUUUGCAAAAGACAAUAGCUUUUAAUGGAUUGAACAUAUUCCUGGCUGGUGUGUUUGUAGCAGGCGAACUGCUCUCCGGUACGGUGUCAGAUUAAACUGUGCUUUACUGGUUUAUGCUCAAACCAAAACCAAUUGGCUUAUGUAUCGGGAUGUGCAGAACCAUGUAUUGUGAGGGUUAAUUAGCAUCCCCUUUAACAUGUGUUGCUGAACUCAAUGUAUUCCCUUGUAAGUGCAGUGUGCCUCCCAGUGGCCAAAUGCCAGAAUUGCAGUUUUUAUCAUUUCUGGGCACUCUUGAGUAAAAUCAGUAACAGCUAGUGUGCUGUGUGCAGCUUGAAAACAGCAACAAGAAAAAAGAUAAGUCCUAUUUUAAAUAAACCUCCAGAACAGUAUAUCACAAGUGACAAACAGGCACUGUGUGUAUCUUAGCGUUUUAUUCAAAGAGGUUCCGAUAAGCAGAAUGAAACCAUGUUGUACUCUCAUGAGGUUUCUAUGGAUCUUGAUAUCUGUUUCUAUCUGUCUCAAAGUACAACAGCCCUUUAUCAUGUCAAACCCCUCUGUCCUGGCAGUGUGAUUGCAGUAGGCAUGCUGCAUUGUUCUGGUAAGGCUGGGUACACAAUGGCUGAAAUUGCACCAUGUUGUUGUUGUUUGUUGUUGUGUUAUGUUUUGUAAUAACUCUCUAAAUAUAUUGCUGAACACAUACGGCUCUCUGUAGCGCAGUGACAGAACUUAUUUCUUCAAAUGUUGUAAAUAAUUUUUUGAAACACUGAUGUUUUUGGGUCAUGUGCUCAUGAUAGUUUUGAAACGUGUAUGUAUUCUACCCUUUACGAAGAGUCAGAGUUUGAGAUUUAGAUAUUUAUG